AUGACGGACUUCGAUAUGGAGGAUACGCAGAACUCGGCCCCAGGCACCUUGCCCGCUGCACAGGCUUCGAAGCUCAGUGCUCCAAGAAAGGGCCCCGAUGCUCAAAGUACCACCAAGAGACUACAAACCGAGUUGAUGCAGCUCAUGACCUCCUCCGCUCCUGGCAUCUCCGCCUUCCCAUCCGCUGAUGGUAACCUCCUCUCCUGGACCGCCACUAUUGAAGGCCCCGACGACACCCCAUACGCCAACCUGACUUUCAAGCUCUCCUUCGCCUUCCCCUCCAACUACCCAUACGCCCCACCAACCGUCCUCUUCAAGACCCCCAUCUACCACCCGAAUGUCGACUUCUCCGGCCGCAUCUGCUUGGAUAUCCUGAAGGACAAAUGGACUGCUGCCUACAACAUCCAGACUGUCCUGUUGAGUUUGCAAAGCUUGCUUGGUGAGCCAAACAACGCGUCUCCCUUGAACGGCGAGGCUGCUGAGCUGUGGGACAAGGAUAUGGAGGAGUUCAAGAAGAAGGUUCUUGGCCGCCAUGAGGACAUUGACGACGAGUAG